AUGCUCGGCGACUGGAUGGCUUUGGGAACACCAGCGCCAACACAGACCGUUACUUCAGAAGCUGAAUCGUAUGAUUUAAAAACCCAUUCUUUCCACCAAAGACAUAUCCUCUCCAAAAAAGAGGCAUUGUCACAAAUUUCUCCAACCAAGCAAACUAUUUUGCAGUAUUCACCAUCUCUCCAGCAAACAUCUCCCGUUGGUCCUGACCGACCCGUCACGCCGAAGAGUUUUCUCCCGAAGUUUCAUCUUGAGAUCCCCUUCACGCAAACUGAGCCGCCUUCAGUCACCGAGCCUCGGCCGUUCCCGUUUGACGGUCAACCCCUGGCAACGUCGCUAAGCCCUGGAUCAUCUGAACAGCACCACCCGGUAUCAGACCCUGAAAGCAUCAGUCACGUCUACUGGGUGAACGAGAUAAACGCUACGCAGAGACAACAGCCAGCCAACCGCACAGAGCUCACCAACUGGAAAAAGAGGAACACCUCCCAGUCCCCAAUGACCAGCAAUGAUCCCAUGGGGACACAACAGUCACCGUCAUGGCUGCCUGUGCUGGAGAAGCAUGACAUCCCUGUUGUGGUUGGAGUGGGCAUUUCCCUGGCUUUUAUCUUCAUGACUGUCACCUUCUACUCGGUGGUCCAGAAGAACGAACCUGCCCCUCCAGUUCGACCAGCUCAAAGGAAUGUUGGCGUCCCAAUAAGAAAUGCUGAUUGUCAAGCUGCAGGACACACUUAUGAAAACAGAGCCUUUGAGGAUGACGACUGUGUGACAGUGAUUGAGCAGAGCCCCAACACGUCAGACACGCGCGCCCGACCACCGAGACCCAGUCUGGUCAACGUUCAGAUGGAACCAAAUUUUGAGGAGAUUCAGGAGGUCUCCCAACCGACUGUGGACCACUACUCUGUGACUGUGGAGACUCAUCCUGAGCCCAUUGUUGACACGAAGAUUGACUCGUCCCUGGAGGAGGAUAAGAGAUGCAGUUUGUCUCAUCCCAGCAGCCGGCUGCUGUGCACUGAGGACUGGUCAAGCAUCCCUGGGGAGAACCACAGCCCAUGCCAGGAUGCCUUUCCCCCUCCAUCCUCCUUCCCCUCUCAUUCCCCGUCACCCUCUCGAUCCCCACCCUCCAGACGCGAGGAGGCUCUCCGCUCCUCUCUGACCCUGCGGCGCGCGGAGUCGUGUGCCGCGCCCAUCCACCACAGCCUCAGCAUCUCGCACGGCAGCCCUCCGCUGCUGGUCUCGCACCACGUCACCCUGGGCCUCACGUCCAUCGCCGUCGACGUCCAGGUCUAUCCGGCUGCCUCGGCUCCAGCGGCGGUCAGCAGCAGCACGCACAUCAAUCCGGUUUCGAACUCGAGCUCAGUGACUGCGCCGUUGUUCAGUCCCCCGUUAUUCGGCGGUGAAGAGAGCAACGAUCGAUCAACAGGCCGGCUGCAUCACAGCAAGUAGCCUGAGACGGACAGUUCGAGCAUGGGCACCGUGAAAAGAAAAGAUGAAAUGUGAGCAAGUAUAUUUCAUUGUUUACGUAGCUGUAAAUAAUCAGCAUGUUCAUGUGUGUUUCUAUUCAUAUGGGAAGAAUGUUUAUUUGAUGUCAUGUGGGGAGAUUGGGUCUCUUAGUUCCAAAUUGUGCAAAAGUCUUGUUUAAUGCAUUUCAUAACCACACAUAUAUUUUCUUUAGUCUUUUAAAGGGGUUUUGAUUCAAGAGACCAUCACGCUUUCUGGAGGUUUUUUUCAAGGUUUCGAUUUGGACUUUGUCUGCUUUAUCGUUCGUUUUCUAUUCCAAAAGUACAAUUUUCAGAAGAAUGUAAAAGCAACCCCACAAAGAUAACACAUUCCGACCCAUUUUAAAUACAAAUUCAGCGCCAACAGUGAUCCGCAGAU